AUGGAAGGUCUUUCCAGUGCUUCAGCUGCCUUCGCUGUUAUAUCCCUCGCCGUCCAGUUAGCCGAAAGUGUCAAAAAGCUAGUUGAGUUCUGGCAGGCUGUCGAAGAUGCACCAGGAGAUAUUUGUGACCUCUUCGACGAUCUGGAGUUUUUUUCGGCGGCCCUAAUUCAAAACCAGAAAAAGUUUGCUCAACAUAGCCCCUAUGAUCUGAUUGCCAAGCGAAUCUUAACAAAAUGUCAAAAGAGGAUUGAACAACUUUCGUCAAAACUGUCUCCUACGAUGGCCGCAUUUACCUCAUCUUCGUCUCGCAAGAGGAAGUGGGCUGCUCUGAAAAUUACUUUGAAAAAUGAAGAAAUCAGAAAAAUGCGUGCGUCGGUAGGAGAAUCUUUGGUGGCCGUGCAGAUGAUCAAGCAAGAUGCUAUUUUUGAUAUGGUGGAAAUAGCUCUCCGACAUCAAGAAGCUACCUCGAAGGGUAUGAGCGCGAUUCAAGAGUUUGUAGUACAAUACUCGCAAAACCACAGGCAUAUGGAUAGGUCCACAUCGCUUCUCCCCUCAUAUCAUAUGUCCAUACUCUCAGCGGGCGGGGAUACUUUAGAUGCAAGCCUGCCAUCUUUUUAUCAGGGCAGUAAAUUCCAUGUCUGUUCCCAGACUACCGACACCGUGGUCUUGCGGAACAAUCUAUCUGCGCCCUCGGGAGGAGUCUCUGUCAAUAAUGUCAAGGAAGAAAUCACUGCUCAAAGGGUUUCUAAAAUGCAGUCGUGGGAGGCUGACGGCCAGACACCUAUCUUCUCAUUUCGAGCCAGGUCCUCAUCGACAAAAAAGACAAGUAGACACGUACUGGGUUCUCGGGAGACAGUGGAGACAAAAGUUGGCGUAGUCUUCUAUCCAGCCAAAUGGUUACAUCGCCUGGGUGUAAAUGUGGGGAUUCGCAUGUCAGCAACCGUUGAUAAUGGUUGGAUGUUCACAUUCAAUUCCUUUGGUGCUGUUCCCGAGGAUGCAUUGAUUUUCGAUCUUUGUCGACAAGGCAGUGUUGCGGGUGUCAAGAUUCUUCUGGAUCGUGGCGACGCAUCUCUAGAGUGUGAGAAUCCGCAGGGUGAAACACCGUUAUGGACUGCUGUUCACCAUGGUCAAAUCGAUGUCGCGAGAUUUUUGAUUGCCGCUGGAGCCAAGAACACCGCUGAUAGCGAGAUCUGGCGAAAUAAUGUCGUGCUUGAUGCUCGGCUGAAAAUUGCCAUGAUCGAGACUUUAGACGUUUACUGUAAGCGCAGGGAUAGUAUAUAUGGUAGUAUUGGUAGAUUGUCUAUCUUCUACAGUCCAAGCAAACGACUCGAUAUGACACAAGAAGAAUUCUCCGACAACAUGUUAUGUGUAUUUAAAGCCCUAACACCAUCUCUACGCACAAGUAACAUAGCUCAAUUCGAAUAUCUUCGAGGCAUGGUAUCAGAAGGUCACGAAGGGAAGCUCAUACAUUGGUUGAUAAGCAGAGUCAAAGGAGCUUUCGAAAUAGUGAAUGGCAGCAUCAGCUCUUAUUCUUUACUUCACUAUGUAAUCGGGGCCCGGUUUCUUCAUAGAGAUCAGCUUUCUGUGAAAAUGAUCAUGGAGAGGACAGCAAACUUACACAUCUGCCAUGGUUAUGGGCCUUGGGGCUCAUACGAACCACAGACCCCAACAGUUCUUGCUAUGUAUGACCAAGAUAUGUUCAUUUCAUGGCGGAAGCUUCUUCAAGAAACAAAACAAGACAUGAGUGCGUUCAUUGAGCGGGAGCUCGAUGCUAAACUUUUGUCCUCUAAGGGCUGGACGAAAGCAACACUAGGGGCCUUGUUCCGACAUCACUUCAACACACCCAUUUACAAGGGAAGGAGAGCCUUCAAUGGAUUUCCCCAAUGUGACAGAUGCGGUCAUCUCGAUAUCAUUGUUGGCAUGAUGCGUCUCAAGAUAGAUCUCGAGUUCAGGAGGCAGCUUCGAGAAAUCAGAACUGGUCGUGCUUAUACGCCCUCUUCUUCGCAUACAAAAGCUGCGGAGGAUGGCUCAACCUGGACCGUAAUGGUUGACGAAAGUGAAAACACGAUUCCCAACAGCCAACGAAAGACAUGGCCACCAUUACCUUAUCGCUUUGUAUGCUCUGAUAAAUGCAAAGAUGGCAUAUCUGUUCACGAUGUAUUUGAAAACGACUUAGAAGACUCACCAGUGUUUCCGAUAUAUGUUUCUGAGGAGGAAAAAGUGCGCCUGGAACACUUACGCUUAGCAGAGGAAGAGGUAAAGUGUCCUACUUAUACGAUGCCUGGGGCUUUCACUCCAUAA